GCUGAAUUCAAUCUUAAUCUGAUGAUAGAUUAUAUCCAAGUCUCAAAUAACAAUAACUUCAUUUCUGUCAGUAAAAAAUCGAGUUUGUUGUAAUUUUUUCCAAUAUUUUGAUCAUUUUACAAUUUUUAAUUCAAAAUUUUCAAUAAAAAUGUUUUUAAAUAUCAGUAGAUUAUCAAUGAUAAUAGUUAUAAUGGUGGCGAUUUCAGCAGUAAAUGUGUGCAGUACUACUACACAGGGCGAUUUAUCACAGCUGAUAGAAACAUUGGAAAAACAAAGUAAACUAAAAAGUGAAGAAGGGGGCGAAUGGAAGCCACUAGAAAAGUAUAAGAAUACAUUGACAAUGAUAGAAAAGAAAAUACAACCGUUGAGAAAAUAUUCAAAACUACAAAUGGAGGAAGAGGCCAAGUUACCAGAAACUGAUACAACGUCGCAGAUAGAACAAUUAGAAACACAAGGUACACUACAAAGGGAAGAAGAAGGAAAGGUACUAGAAAGCCAUACAACGUUGAAGAUGAAACAGUUGGGAAAAGAAGGUACACUACGAAGUAAAGUCGAGGGAAAGUCACCAGAAAGGUACACAACUUUGAAGAUAAAACAGUUGAGGGAAGAAGAAGGAAAGGUACUAGAAAGCCAUACAACGUUGAAGAUGAAACAAUUGGGAAAAGAAGGUACACUACAAAGUAAACAAGAGGGAAAGUCACUAGAAAGGUACACAACUUUGAAGAUAAAACAGUUGGAAAAAAAAGGUACACUACGAAGUAAAGUUGAGGGAAAGUUACCAGAAAGGUACACAACUUUGAAGAUGAAACAGUUUGAAAAAAAAGGUACACUGAGAAGUAAACAAGAGGGAAAGUCACUAGUAUGGGAUACAACAUUGAAGAUUAGACAGCCAGAAAAACCAGGCAACCUACGAAGGAAGGAAGAAGAAAAGUUGCUAGUGAGAGAUACAACUUCAAAAAUAAAACAAUUGGAAAAGCAAGAUGAACUAAAAAGUGAAGCAGAGAGAAAGUUACCAACAACAUCAGAGAUACCUGAGAUACCUUACUUGAUAGAAGGGAAAAUAAGAGAACAAUUCAGAAAAAUUGAAGAAAUUUUGAAAAAGAAACCCUGGCUGAAAAGAUGGUUUAUUAAAGAAGAUGAAUUAAAAAGUGAAGAAGAGCAAACGUUACCAACAACAUUGAUGGAGGUAUCUCACUUAAAAGAAGGAGGUAUAAGAGAACAAAUCAGAAAAGCAGAAGAAGUUUUGAAAAAGCACAGAAAAGCAGAAGAAGUUUUGAAAAAGAACAGAAAAGCAGAAGAACUUUGGAAAAAGAAUCAACAGAUAAACAGUUGGUUUACUAAAGAAGAUAAACAACAAAUUGAAAGAAAAUUACUAGAAAGUCAUACAACGUUGAAGCUAGAACAGCCAGAAAAAACACAUAAAUUACAAAGUGAUGUAGAAAGAAAGUUUAUACCAACAACAUUGGUGGUACCUUACUCGGAAGAAGGGGUAAAGAGAGAACAACCUGGAAAAGCAGAAGAAGUUUUGAUAAAGAAAACCUGGCCAAAAAGAUGGUUUAUUAAAGAAGGUAAACUACCACAUGAAGAAGAUGGAAAAUUACCAGAAAGGGAUGCAACGUUGAAGAUAGAACAGUUAGGAAAAGAAGGUAAAUUACAAAACGAAGAAGAGAGAAAGUUACCGACAAUGUUGGAGGUACCUUACUUAGAAGAAGGGGAAAAGAGAGAACAGCCUGGAAAAGCAGAAGAAGUUUUGAAAAAGAAAUCCUGGCUAAACAGAUGGUUUAUUAAAGAAGGUAAACUACCAGGUGAAGAAGAGGGGAUAUUACCAGAAAGUGAUGCAACGUUGAAGAUAGAACAGUUAGGAAAAGAAGGUAAAUUACAAAACAAAGAAGAGAGAAAGUUACCAACAACAUUGGAGGUACCUUACUUGAAAGAAGGGGAAAAGAUAGAACUACCUGGAAUAGCAGAAGGAGUCUUGCACAUGAAAAACUUUCUAAAAAGAUGGUUUAAAUAAACCUUUAGUGGCCAGCCCAACAUUGUGUUUUAAUUUUUAAUUUAUUAAAGAAUCUGGCAAAGUUUUCAAGAAUUUAAAACUGGUUCUAUUUUUUUUUUUUUUUUUUUUUUUCAAAAUUUACUGGUACCUAGUUUUUGGUAAAUUACUAGUAAUUUUUGGUGAAAAACGUAUUUUGUUAAAUUACCGGUAAUUUUGAGUAAUAUUUUUUGGAAAUUCCUUGUUAAUUAUUUUGGUAAAUUACCAAAUCAAAUGCAUUAGUCAGCUAGGGAAAAGUUGGUUAACCUUGAGCACUGCACAAUAUUUUUUAUAUUUUUUUUAAUGUCGGAAAGUUGUUUCUGAAUUAUUUACUGGUAAAACUUAUACUGCUAGGGGGUAGGCACAAAACUUGGGAGGGUCAGAAGAACAUAUGGUCUGUCUGAAAAAAACGAGUUUGUUGUAAUUUUUUCCAAAAAGUAGGUAGUAGGCAGAAAAGGCGUUGACUAUAAGGUACAGUAUGACACAAAAGUAGUGCUUGGUGGCUUUUAUUUCCAAGUGGGGAGAGUUUGUGAGAUGAAUGAAGUGGUGUUGAGUGGGAAAAAAAUAAGGACUUUCAAAAGCGACCCUUGAAAAUUUCAGGCCCAUGCACAGGGUGUCCACAAAUUGAAAAACCGGUUUGGUCAAAAAAUUGAAACCAGUUUUUAUUGGUGCAAUGUAUUCUACACACUAAGGCAAUAAAAACGGGAUAUGAAUUUUUGGUGUGAUCAACAUAUUCAAAUUUCUGCUUCCUAGGUCAUCCCCAACCCAUUUAAAGCGGAAUUAAGGUGAAAAUCCUCUUAUUUUGCCCCUAUUUUCGGGUUUUUCCAUCUUAAAAGGAGUAGGGAUGACCUAGAAAGCUGAAAUUUGGAUAUGUUGAUCACAAUGGGAAUACUGUCUAUGUUAUGCCCCUCCAAAAAAAUGACCUUUCUGUAAUUUUCAACUUUGACCCUCCCCACUCCAGAGGUCAACUCUAGCUCCCAAAAGAAUCCCAUUCCCCAAGUUUGACUUCAUUUUAUCAAUUAGAACAGGUUACAAGUCCCAUGUCAUAAAAUGUAAAAUUAUUAAAAUCACGUCACUUUGAGGGGUUGUAGUGCCACCCCCCUUGAGGCUAGGGAGUUGGUCGAUAGCUCAUUUGAUAGGUAUUGGAGAGGAGAUGAAAUGAUCACUAAGCUCAUUUUACUCAAAAUUCAAUAUUUCAGGAGUUCUUGA